UUUUUAAUAACUGUGUAUAUUUAUCUAUAUAUUUUUACGUUAUUUUCUGGCUAAGGCUGUGAUUGCCUUUCCUGCUUGGGAUUCGAUCCAUUUUCAGUAGAAAAAUGAAUCGAUCGAAAAUGUAAACCAAGUUUCCAACAUAGUUGAGAUUACUCUCUGUUUCUCUCUUCAUUUCAGGUCAAAGAACAAGGAGCUUCUAGGUAUUAGAGCCACUCCAUUUUAAAUAUUUCUAUGUCAUGCUGUGUUGUCCCAUAGCUCAUGAGAACAGUUGGGAGAGUUGCUUUCUUGUAAAAAACUGAGACCUUUCAGGCAUUAUGCAUGUCUGGCCCUGGGGCCAUUGUUGGUGGCGUGGGAGCACUUUCUUUGUCAGACAGGACAAAAUCUCUUGAUGCCUAUUCCUUUAAUGAAAAAGACCACCCAAGCGUAUCAACAAAUAGGGAAGUUGCUUCUACUUCUGGGGCAGUGGGCUUUAGCGCUGGAGAGCUCGUACUGUCCAAUGGGGAAUCUUAUUCUGGGUCCCUUCUUGACAACAUGCCUGAGGGUACAGGGAAGUACGUUUGGUCAGGUAGUUGCAAAUAUGAGGGCGAAUGGAGACGGGGGAUGAGACAUGGAUUUGGAGAACUUCAAUGGCCUUCUGGAGCAGUUUAUAAAGGUGAAUUUUCAGGCGGUUAUAUGAACGGGAUAGGGACAUAUAUUGGGCCUGAUAACAUGAAAUAUGAGGGACGGUGGAGGUUGAAUCUUAAACAUGGGUUGGGAUAUCAAGUUUAUCCUAAUGGAGAUGUAUUUGAAGGAGCUUGGAUUCAGGGAACCCCGGAAGGGCCUGGUAAGUAUACGUGGGCUAGUGGAAAUGUUUAUCUGGGUAAUAUGAAAGGAGGAAAAAUGUCAGGGAAAGGAACUUUGACUUGGACAAAUUCGGACUCGUAUGAAGGAAGCUGGUUGAAUGGCAUGAUGCAUGGAUUUGGAGUCUAUAAAUGGAGCGAUGGAAGUUGCUAUAUUGGAACGUGGACAUGGGGUUUGAAAGAUGGAAAAGGAUCAUUUUAUCCAAAAGGCAGCAAGCUUCCAGCUGGACAAGAGUUGCAUCUUAAUGUUUUGAGAAAACGAGGGCUGCUGCCAGAUUUAAGAAAGCAGAAUCAAGUUUCACACCUUCGUCAUGCUUCUUCAGUUGAUAUGGGAAGUACCAAGGUUGCUGAGAACCAGAGACCUCGACGUAAUUCGUCUAUGGAGCACUCUCGCACCACCAGUGCUUCUUUAGAAAGACGCUGGAGUAUGGGCGUAUCUAUUGAAAAAGGUGUUGGACAUGAUUCAUCAAUGGGUUUGUUUGAGACAGUUUCAGAAGGCAGGGAAAAUGACUCCACUGAAUUUGCUCCGAUCCUCGAACGAGUAUAUAUGCAAGGUGCUUUAAUUAGUGAGCUUGUUUUAAAUAAUAGUUUUUCGCCAUCAUCUAAGAGAGCAAAAAAGCAGCAAAAGAAACUUGCUAAGGAGAUAAAGAGGCCAGGUGAAACAAUUAUUAAAGGUCACAGGAGUUAUGAUUUAAUGCUCAGUUUGCAGCUUGGAAUCAGAUAUACUGUGGGGAAAAUUACGCCCAUACAAAGGCGAGAAGUAAGGGCUUUAGAUUUUGGCCCACGAGCAAGCUUUUGGAUGAAUUUCCCUAAAGAAGGGUCCCAGUUGACGCCGCCUCAUCAUUCAGAGGAUUUUAGGUGGAAAGAUUAUUGUCCAAUGGUUUUCAGGAAUUUGAGGGAGUUGUUUAAGAUUGAUGCUGCUGAUUACAUGAUGUCCAUUUGUGGCAAUGAUGCUCUAAGGGAACUUUCAUCUCCGGGAAAAAGUGGUAGUGUUUUUUUCCUGUCCCAGGAUGAUCGUUUCAUGAUUAAGACACUCAGAAAAUCUGAAGUAAAGGUUCUUCUGCGGAUGCUUCCAAACUAUCACCAUCAUGUUCGGACAUAUGAUAACACACUCAUAACUAAAUUUUUUGGUCUCCACAGGAUCAAACCCUCUAGUGGCCAAAAGUUUCGCUUUGUAGUAAUGGGGAAUAUGUUCUGCACAGAAUUAAGGAUCCAUCGCAGAUUUGAUUUGAAGGGUUCCUCCCUAGGUCGUUCAACUGACAAGGUUGAAAUUGAUGAAAAUACAACACUAAAAGAUCUGGAUCUGGACUAUUGCUUUCAUUUGGAACCUUCAUGGCAGGAGGCUUUACUAAAGCAGAUUGAAAUUGAUAGUAAAUUUUUGGAAGCAGAGCACAUCAUGGAUUACAGCCUUCUGAUGGGCGUCCAUUAUCGAGCCCCUCCACACCUGCUAUCUCGUAUGCCUUUCAAUCGAAGUAUAACAGCAGAUGGAUUGGGAAUUGUUGCAGAAGAAGAACCUAUAGAGGACAAGAUCUCCAACAACCCACAAGGCCUUGUUUUGGUCCCUCGUGGAGCUGAUGAUAAUAGUGUUGUCGUGGGUCCUCAUAUCAGAGGUAGCCGAUUGAAAGCUGCAUCUGCUACUGGUGAUGAGGAAGUGGAUCUUCUUCUUCCGGGAACAGCAAGACUCCAAAUCCAGCUUGGAGUGAACAUGCCAGCAAGAGCAGAGCAUAUUCCAGGGACAGAGGAAACACAGAUGUUUGACAAGGAAAAAGAGAUGUUUCAUGAAGUAUAUGAUGUCGUAUUGUACCUUGGUAUCAUCGACAUAUUGCAGGACUACAACAUGAGUAAGAAGAUUGAGCAUGCAUACAAGUCUAUUCAAUUCGAUUCUGUGUCAAUAUCUGCAGUGGAUCCUACAUUCUACUCUCAGCGCUUUUUAGAAUUUAUUCAGAAGGUGUUCCCGCCAAAUGUUGUAGCGAGUUAAAAAGACCACCCCGGAUUAUAACUUAUUUCUGCCACUGGUGAGGGUUGCCGUUGACCCUUUCUGCUUGACAAGAUGGUUCUGACAUUUCAAAAAUCACAAUGGAAUUCUGUUACCAGGGUUACUUAAAAGGGGAAGAAGGUCUUCGCUGCUGUAUGCUUUACAAAUAUGAAAGCUAGUGUUCUCUUGUUGAGAGUGCAUAAAAAAUGUCUAGGCUUUCAAAAAAAAAAAUUUGCCCUGUAAUUGUGUGCAGUUUGUUAUAACAGAUAUAAUAGUACGCUAAACAUUCUUAUGCUGGCCCGGGCAUUUUAUGAGUAUCAUAUUGCUUCUUAAGUGCUACAUAACA